AUGCCUUUCAUUUCACAUUUAUAAUCGUAUUUCGCUCCAUUUUGUUUUAUCGGUGUAAAACAAUCCAAAUUUUUGAUCCAAAGCAACAAAAAUUGAGUCCUAAAAUGUGGGAAUAUCGCCAUGAAAUUGAUUUAGAAACAUCGGUAAAGAUCUCACCGUACUGCCAUUCGUGGCCAUCGGUGUGUUGGUUCACGCUGAAGGGCCUUGAUUUGUGGAAACUUCUAGUGUGGGACAGAUCCCCAACUUACCAGGUGAUUUUAACGUUUUUGCUGAUAGGAAUUUCCUGGCUGAUAUUCAAAAGGUUCCAACGCAAGUGGAAAGAUGUGCCUAUGUCGGAGAUUAAGUCGCUGAGAGAACGCGUUCAGUUUGUAACCCAGGAUAUGGCCAUGAUGCAAGAUGCCCUAAAUACGACCAUAAUAAACAAGCCGGCGGAGUUUUCUGACAUUUCCACUAGCAGUAAUGGCAUCGAUGUCUUGUAUGAACCAGAGACCAACGCAAACGAAAAGUGUUUAGAAUUUAACGAAAUUGUAGAACCUUCCCCCCUCGAAUUCGCAAACAUUCGUGAAUCCUAUGCUCCAGUUCAGGAGGUAAAUGUACAGCCGUCUGUGAUUCCAGUCCCCGAACCUGAAGAUGAUUUCGUAGCAAAACUCAAAUUGCGAUUUAGUAAGAGAGUUCAGGAAAAACAAAUCCCAGCCGUGAGCAAGCCCUUUAUAAAACCGAAGCCCACGAAGGUGAUAUAUGAAAAUAAAUUAAGUGUGGGGAAAAGAACUCUGCGUAAACGGCCAUAUCCAUCUCUUUCGAAAAUAGGAUGGAAGGUCUAGAUCCUUAUUCAGCUAUUUUGAUAUUGGAAUUGGAAUUGAAAUUAUAAUGUAAGCAAUUGUAAUAAACUAUUUUUAAUGAUUUGUA